ACUUGUCCGUAUCACUGUUGUAGGGCUUUCUUCCAACUACUGUAUUUCCAUAUUUUUUGCGUUCACGGCCCCUCUUCUUCUUUGGAGUAGGGGCUAUAGAACACAAAAAAACAGCUGCUCUCGGCUUUCACUGGUCUAACAAGAUUCCUUUACAGUAAAGAUUGAAGGAUCUACCUUUUGAAAUGGCGGGAUGCGAGGAAAGCUUUGGGUUUUACUUUAUCUUUGUGCUUCUGACGUUUGUCUUGUGGAUGGAUUUGAGUUUCUUCGACGAAUUGGCGGAAUAUGGCUCAAACUACAACGCCACCACUGCCUCGAAACUCAUGUUUCCGGAAAAGACAGUCAAGCUCCGAAUGACAGAACAUAUAGACCAUUAUAUUAAUUUGCCUUUGAUGAAGUUAGCGAACGAAAACCUCGGGAUUUCUUCUAUUCCUGGCGUCACACCAAAUGUGAUAAGCUUCUCGCAUUUUAUCUGCGCCUGUAUUUCUAUCAAAUUCCUGAUUUCUGGGAACCUGGCUAUACGAAGGAUCGGUUGCUGCAUCUACGAGUUUAGAAAUCAACUUGAUUUGUUAGAUGGGGUGGUUUAUAGAGCGCAAGCACAUCAGAAAACCUACGUUUCUGGAUGGGGAUCUUGGGGAUAUCUUGUAGACGCGGCUAUGGACUUUGGCGGGGGAUUACUUCUUGCAUUUGGAAUCGGCGUAUUUCUACAACGCUAUCCUCCUCUUAAAAGGGUCCGGAUCCAUAGCCGAGACGUAGAAUCAAGCCGAAAACUGCUAGCAGAAAAAGUACUAGACGAGCGACCCGCUUUCGCUCAUGUUCACUUCGAUAGGAGAGCUAUAACCGUGAAAGUAUUAUUAGCAACCGUGCAAGCAGUAGCAAGAAGCGGGAUCUGGGAUUACUUCAUCAAAUCUUACCACGAACUCCUAGAGAAACCGAGUGUUAGCAUUUCUACGGAGCUACAAACAGAGGUCCUUAAUUAUAGAAGCACAUGGCUGGUUAUGUGGUUGUGGAAGUUCUCUAGUGCGGAUGCAUUUUUCCAGUUCACAUUACUUGCCAUACUGUUUGACAAGCUAUGGCAAUGGAUACAGCUUGUGUUCUAUGUUGGCUGGGUGCAACUUGCUGUGCUGCUGAUUAUUUCACAGCUGCAUUUGAUUGAGGUGAGAGCAUACCUACUUGGUGCAUAGUAUUGCUUUGAAGAACAUUACUAUGGGAGCAAGGAUUUUUAAGAAAAGGUGGUCAUCCAUAGAAAAAUAAAGUAGAACAUUGUUCCCUAUCUGUGUAAUGCGAGUAAUCAUGUGACAGAGAACAGUUGUAGAUAUUUUCACAAAAGGUAUGUGUCUACAUAGAAAGGCAAAACUGUAAAUAUUCCUGUACUGGGGGAAAACAUACCAUAUCAUUGUAUAGAAAGUAAAAAUUGGAUUUAUUGACAUUUAAUUAUCGAUUGGGUUUCUUUGGCUAAGUUUAUACGUCGUGAUGUGUUAUCCAUGAGCAAAUGUAAAUGCAUGCAAAUGAAUCAAGUCAAUUGUUUUAUCUUCAUUUCCAUGCAUUUGCAUUGAAUACGGCUCAUGGAUAAUACAACGUUUGAACUUAGCCUUAUAUGUUGUGUUUUACUUCAUACCUAUUUUAAAAAUUGUUUGAAAAUAAGAAUCAUACAGUUAGCAUCAAGAGACUUCUGGAAAUAUAAAGUUAUGGGUUGAAAAAUUAAUAAAACCAUAUGAGAUUAUGAAAAA